CCCGGUCACACACUCACACUCCUUUGUCCCCUGUGUGCGUGUAUACAAGGAGGGUUCUUCAAGAACGCAUGCUUCAUCUCCAUUCUUUGCUCUUCCUUUGCUCUCUCUGAUUCCUCCCUUCUCCAACUCUCGCUAAACUCUUUGACACCCCUCAUUCCAUUUCACACCCAGACAUCAUGAGCAGCUUCUUCAACAUCAGUGGAAAGUUUGGUGGCAAAACAAAGCCCAAGCGAUCCGCCUCAGCAGUGCGUCCCUUGUUUCUGUGUCAGCCCUACUGUAACAACUCGAUCGUUAAAGGCAACUUCAAAACCAUUGUCCAAUUGCCCAAGUAUGUGGAUGGCAACGAAUGGCUUGCAGUCAAUGUCUUUGACUUUUACAGCUAUAUCAACAUGUUCUACGGCUCCAUAUCCGACUUUUGCACCGCUCGCAAUUGCCCAAGCAUGUCCGCAGGGGCAGGAUUCGAAUACCUCUGGAUGGACGGACAAAAAAAGACGAGUAAAGUGCCGGCACCGCAAUAUAUCGACUUUGUCAUGAGCUGGAUCCGGACUCUGAUCAACGACGAAAAUACGUUCCCUACGAAGGACGGACGCGAGUUCCCGCCUACGUUCCAGCAGACGGUGCGCGCUAUUUUCAAACAGCUGAUCCGGGUGUUUGCACAUAUGUACCAUUCCCAUUAUGAUAAAAUGCUUUCGCUCUGUCAGGAGGGGCACUUCAACUCGCUCUUUGCGCACUUUGUCAGUUUCGGUAGAGAGUUCGAUCUGCUGGACAAGAAGGACAUUGUACCGUUGCAGGAACUGAUCGACAUUAUGGACAAUAACGGAAUUCUGUGUUGAGAUAGCGCUCAUAAAUAGAAAAGAAGUACUCCGC